AAAGACAGUAGAUGAUGAGGGUUCUCUCUGUAACCUGUCUCCUGCUCUGUGUCUCUGUACACACGGCUCACAGCGCCGUCUUGAAUCAGAGUCUCACAGAGGGGAAUAACACGUUUCUCUACUGUGAAAAUGAUGGUAAAGUGAUUUGGGAUAAAGGUGUUGAUGAAGGGAGAAGCUCCAUCCUCACUGCUGAACAUGGAGACAUCACUGUUAAACACAGACCUGAUCCAGAUCACAGAUACAGUGUGUUAAGUGAUUUAUCACUGCUGAUAAAGAGAGUGUCUCCCUCAGACUCGGGGAUUUACUUCUGUAACACUGUUCCUGUGGUCAAUCUGACGGUCACUCCGUUAAAAGAGAGAGUAGGAGAGGAGAACCAGUCCACACAGAAGAACCAGUCCACACAGAAGAACCAGUCCACACAGAAGAACCAGUCCACACAGACGACUACAGCAAGAGUGACCAGCACCAGAGUGACUCAGAGUGAACAUGGAGCUUCUCCAAACACCAUUCUCAUGACCAGUGUAGAAGAUGAUGAAGGAUCUUCAGGUAUCAGGACUACAGACUCGACGGUCAUGAAUCAAGAGACCGGACAAACAUCACCGGCUCAGACACACACAACAAAGGCAAUGGAAACGAAAUCCUCAGGGAACAACAACAACCAGAGAGGGAAAAAACAAGAGAGAGUAGGAGAGGAGAACCAGUCCACACAGAAGAACCAGUCCACACAGAAGAACCAGUCCACACAGAAGAACCAGUCCACACAGACGACUACAGCAAGAGUGACCAGCACCAGAGUGACUCAGAGUGAACAUGGAGCUUCUCCAAACACCAUUCUCAUGACCAGUGUAGAAGAUGAUGAAGGAUCUUCAGGUAUCAGGACUACAGGCAGACAUGCCAUCACCAAACUGGGUCUUGUCACACACGUUGAUGACAUAAGCAAACACACUUUGCAGAAACACUAUCCUAAGUUGUCCAGUGGUCUGGGACUGAUACUGUACUGGGGCUGA